AUCGAUAUGAUGUAGAAAUUCCAUACCGAACCACCGAGGUAUCAUUAAUAAGCUCAUCCCUAUCAUUCAAAUCCAAUAUCAGUGUCUAUUUGUUCCAUUGUUCGUGUGACCAAUUUGGGCAAUUUCUUAGGUCACUGGCUUCGUCUACCGCAAAUACCAGUGACUUGAGUUGCCCACUUGCCGCCAUUCAAGGUUCUUCUGCUUCUAGGGUUGUGAACAAAAGUUCCCCCCCAAACUUCUCAGGUGAAACCCUAAUUGCCUUGAACUCAGUUAUUCAUCCACUUUUCUUUUUAAUUUAAAUUUCUCAUAACUUCAGCCAUUGUGGAUAAAGAUUAUUCUUGUCAUGCAAUCAUAGUUUGAUGCAGUAGCGCACAUGCCAUUUAAUUCACUGUGAAAUGGAAAUGAACGCGGAGAAGGAGAAGCUUCAUUGUGAGACGAACCCUGAUGAAUCAGAUAGAAUAUCUAACUUACCGGAUUCAAUUAGGCAGCACAUACUUUCAUUUGUGGACACUAGGGAAGCUGUUAGAACAUGCAUUUUGUCAAGCAGUUGGCGGGCAUUGCCGGAAAGCCUGCCAACUUUAGAUUUGGGCCAGGCCAGCCUUUAUACAUCUGCAAUGAAUGAAUGCUUGCCUGCUUGUGAUGAUAAGGAUGCUGCCCGUAUCGCAAAUAGGGAGAAGAUUCUUAGGGUGAGGACAAGUUUUUAUGCCUUUCUUGACCGAGCUUUAGGAUCUUAUAUGGAGAUGGAGAAGCUUAAUAUAUACUUUCAGGGUCUUGAUUUAGAGUUGAAAUCUCGCUUAGAUGGUUGGGUUGCUGGUGCUGUUAGACGCCGUGUCAAAGAGUUGGGAUUGCGAUUUAAUCCUUGGAAAGGUCUAAGAUAUACUUUUCCGAGUAGUGUUAUCGUCCCCAAACUCAUCAAAAAAUUGGAAUUGGUGAGUUGUGAGUUGAGUUCAUCAUGUUUGGUGGAUGACCAAUUACCUUGUCUGCGAGAAAUAUGCUUUGAAUAUGUCAAUGCAGAUGAUGCGUUCAUUGCGAAUUUGCUUGCUAGUUGCCUUAACCUUGAAAAAUUAACUCUGAAAAGCUGUUACGGAUUGACGAGACUAGAAAUCUUCUGUCAUUCAAAACUUGAAAAAGUUGUUUUUGAGCACUGUGAGAAAGAAGUAGAAGUGAUUAAGAUUGAGGCACCCAAUCUUUAUGAGUUUAGUUAUGCAUCUGAUGGUUACAUUGAAUCUGAUAUUGAUUUUGGGGCUUGUAAGAAACUGAAAGUGCUGGAACUAGAUGGCUGUGAGUUGAAUGACUAUGACCUGGCCGAUAUUCUGAAUAAUCAUCCAAUGCUCGAACGCCUGUCAUUGGAAAAAUGUCAUAAUUUGUAUCAUGCUGAGGUUUCGAAUCAAAAUCUAGUCGAUUUGAUUUUUGUUGAUUGUAGGGAUUUGGAAAAGGUUAUAAUUGAUACACCCUAUCUCAGAUUCUUCUUCUAUGAGGGAGAAUAUCCUAUAACCUUUGUGUGCAACGGUCCAACCCUCCAGCUCGAAGAGGCUUCCAUUUCCUUGAAGCAUGACUAUCGAAAAAAGGUGUGGUUUAAUGGACUACUUAAGUUUCUUUCACAGCUAUGUUGGACUGAAAGUUUGUCACUUGAUGUGGCUUACGAAAAGGAUUUGAUUAUUCCGGAGACGGUGAGGACAAAAUGUCGUCCUCCCCUGUACGCUGUCAAGCAUCUGGAUGUAGAGUUCCGUCUAUCAAGAUUGAAGCGUCCUGUUAAAGUGAUCCAAUCUCUUCUGUGGCUUGCUCCUCAUCCAGAAACUAUAUCCAUAUCUUGUGGGGAACUUUUGGCUUGCAAGACACUAAAGUUCACAUACGAAAAGCCAUCAACGGACAAGCAGAACUGCAGUUGCUGUGAAUCAUUGCCUGUAAGCUGUUGGAGGCACUCCCUUGUUAAAGUCUGUAUCGAAAAUGACAGAGGAGCUGAUGACGAUAAUGAUACAGAGCUUGCACAUUUCUUCGGUAAGGCAAGAAUUGGCGCAAAGAUCGAGUGCUUCUCCAAGAACAGAUCGCGUUUUUAAGCAUGAAAGACGAUGGCCUUCUUUUGUUUUUCCGCAACUAUAUUAUUAUUCAGGUCACAAGUUAUCUUUUGGCAUGCAUGAUUUUUUCCUUGCCCUUAAACAGCUUAAUAUGAAGCAUUAGGGCAGGGUUGCAGCUUUAGAACCUUAUUUAUUACCUCUAGAUUGUGUCUGGUUUUGGGGGAAAUCAUUUUCAAGGGAAAAUAGUUUUCCAACUUCAAGUUGUUUGGUGGAAAACCACUUCUCUUGUAUUGUGUCCAUU